ACACCCUCCACCCAUGGCCAUCGCAAAGACUUGACCGCUACUCCGAUCCGAUCCAUAUAUACAUUGGUGCCGAUCGAUCGAGAGACAUUACUACUACAUGCUAGUAGCUAGCUAGCUGCAGGUCGAGUUACGGGUGUAGGUGUACGUACGGUGGUACGCAGACGUACGCUACCAUGGCUUGCUCCAGCAGCCGGCUCGCCGAGGCCUCGCUGCUGCUCCUCGUCGUCAUCCUCCUAGCCGCCGUCGGAGCUUGUGCUUCUGCCGAGGCGGAGAUGAGUGCGAAGACCAUCGCGGCGGUGGCUACCCGGAGGAAGCUGGACGAUGUCGUCACCACCACCAGCAGCAGUGGAUCAUCCUCGCCGUCGUCGUCACCCUCUCCAGCAGCGGGAGGAGGAGCAGAGAAGAAGGAGAGCAAGGACGAUAACGGGAACAAGGAGAAGGAGAAGGAGAAGCCCAAGGGCGGCGCGACGUCGACGAAGAAGCCGCCGCCGCCGCUGCCGGCCAAGUGCGUGACGAGCAAGGACUGCCACCUGAAGCGGCUGGUGUGCGCCAAGAAGUGCACCAUGGCCGCCCACAAGAAGUGCGCCGCCAAGUGUUCCCACUCCUGCAACGCCCUCCCCAUCUGCACCUGAUGAAGACGAUGGAUUAUCCAUCCAUUUGUUGGAGCCCUUCUUGCAUCGUACGUCCAAUUAGAUUCACAGAUUGACAGAUAUAUAGUUGUUGAGCCAAGACGCAUGCACGAUACCGAUCGAAUAAGCUUCCUUCCUUCCUUGUCGCACUGAAGUAGAGUAGAGACAGAGUAGUUAUUAGCUAGCUAGUAGGAUCGAGUGGAGUCUCCCCUUUCCUGUUGUCAUCUUCGACUGUCAUGCUUCCUUCCUGCCUCGCUCCGAUCCUUAUGUGGAUCAGAAAUGUCUGUCUGUGUUUUCUAGUAUUUUUGCCUGCUGCCUUCCUUGUCUUUUGUCACUGCUGGAUUGGUUAUGUUUCAAUCAUGCAAGUAAGCCUGCUUAUUUUCCAA